AGUACGUUCACAUUGACUAUUUGGCAGGAAAGUGCCCAACAUUUCUUGGACUUUUUGAAAUUUCGGCCUUUUUUGGUUGGAAGAUCAUUGAGAAAAAUGGAAGAAUCAGCGGACGCCAGCAUGGAGAAGAACUGUCGCGCCUGCGCCGGACACUCGAAGAUACUGGUGGACCUUUUCUCAACGGAUAUUUCCGAUCCUCCAACUUGGAACAUGCUGAACUCCAUUCUGUCUGAGAACUGCAGCGUGAAACGGGAUGCACUGCCUCAGAAGAUCUGUCCUUCCUGCCUGGUGGCUGCCCAAAAUGCUUACCACUUUAAGCGCAAGUGCGAGCAGAGUUUCCAGUACUUUUCCCACAUCCUCCUGCUGGAGAAAUCCGCUUCGAAAGCGCGUGGCAGAAAAGGGGAGAAGGGUCCUUCUUUAGCCUUCGAGAUGGUGGGCUGUGAGGAUCCACUAAAUACAAACGUUAUGGCGGAUUCAGGAAAGGAGGAGGAUCGACUUGAUGUGAAAACGGAUUACGAUAUAGAGCCAAGGGGGAAGGAGUUACCAAUUAAACUACUUAAUAGUCCACACCCGCAUAAUAUUUUUGAAAUAACAAUGAGCGACAACAUAAAAACAGAAGAUAUUUCCAGCGGGGUGACGUUCGAGGAUGCCUCUAAGGAAGACGAUGUUAGUGAAAAUGAAAGCGAAGACGAUUCAGAUGAGUGGUCAGCUGGCUGGACGGAAGACCAAGAUGAGCCUUGGUUACCCGGUGAUUUGGAGAUGAAAUCGGUUGACAACAAGAAUCAUUCCCUGCUUUGCACCGAGUGUGGAAUGACUUGCAAGACGCAGAAGUCAUUAGCGAGCCACAUUGCCAGACACAGACAACAGGAGGAUCCACAAAAGCUGCAUCUAUGCGACUUCUGCGGCAGGGGAUUCCGGACUAACGCCCAGUUGACAAUCCAUAGGCGGAGGCACACCGGGGAGCGUCCUUUUCAAUGCCCCCUCUGCACGAAGGCGUAUACCCACGGUCCUACACUUAAGACGCACAUGCUUACCCACGACGAGGAGAAGGCUCACAAGUGUCCGCAGUGCGAUAAGACUUUUUACACGAGCUCCAACCUGAAGGCUCAUCAGCAGUGGCACACGGGUGAGCGACCAUAUAAGUGUCCCGUUUGUCCACAGGCCUUCACCAAGAACUCCGGCCUUAAGUUGCACAGUCGGCUGCACAAGGAGGAGCGUCCCUUCAAGUGCGAGCUCUGCGGGAAGGGAUUUGUCCAGAACCAGCACUUAGUGACCCACCUGCGUGUCCACAACGAGGAUCGCCAGUUCAAGUGUCCCGAGUGCGACAAGUCGUUCUUCGAGAAAUCCAACAUGAAGAAGCACCAGCGAACGCACACGGGAGUAAAGCCAUUUAAAUGCGAGGAGUGCGGCAGUGCCUUCUCGCACAACCAUCACCUAAAGAGCCACCUACGCAUCCAUACCGGAGAAAAGCCCUUCAAGUGCGACCAGUGCGGUAAGGGUUUCUGUGCGAAUCAGUCUUUGGCAAAGCAUAUCCUUUGGCAUGCGGAAAUCAAGGAUCGGCCGUACAAAUGCCCUAAGUGCCCAAAAGCCUUUGACACUCAGCAGAGUUUACGAGGCCAUGCGAAAGCGCACAGGUUACCGAACGAGCCGCCAAAGCUUCACAAAUGCCCGCACUGCGACGUCAAGUUUGCGCUGAAGAAGACCAUGGACAAGCACAUUAGCAGUCAUAAGAUUAGACCCCACCAAUGUCCGCAUUGUCCAGAAGGUUUCUUCUCCCAAAAGAGCUACAAGAAGCACGUGCGAGUGCACAACAUAAAAAUAUGAAAGUUAAUGUUCGUUUUUAAGGAAAAAAUAUGCUAUAUGCUACUACCAUAAGUUCAAAGCAACUUCCAUAAAUGUAGAAUUAACAAAAAAUUGAAAUGAAUUGUUUUCAUUGAAAACAAAAAACUAUUAUAGGGCUUACUUCAAGUUUUAAUAAGUAUUUGUUUUAAAUACACCUAAGAAUCUGUUUGAAGAAAAUAUU